AUGCUGUUUUGGCACAACCAGCCGGAGCACCUGUGGCCCAGUCCUGGGGAGGUGUACCCGGGGACUCAUGGCAGCCUGCUCAGGGAGCCCCUGCCCUUGCCCUACUUGAAGCAGGAAGAGCUGCCCAGCAUCCCCGGUGCAGAGCCACCGUGCCCUGUGUUCCAGUAUGUGCUCCGUGCAGCCACCUCACCGGCCAUGAAGCAGCAGGAGGAGACCCUCACCUACCUGAACCAGGGCCAGUCUUAUGAGGUGCGGAUGUUCUUCAACCCCAAGCUGGGCGAUGCUGCUCAGUGCCCCCAGCUGCUAAAGAGUGUGGUGCGUGUGGUAUUCCAUGAUCGGCGACUGCAGUACACGGAGCAGCAGCAGCUGGACGGGUGGAGGUGGAGCCGGCCUGGGGAUCGCAUCCUGGACAUUGAUGUGCCACUCUCUGUGGGAGUGAUAGAACCCCAAGUGCUGCCCUCGCAGCUCAACACAGUGGAGUUUCACUGGGACCCAAUCAAGAGGACUUCUGUCUUCCUGCAGGUUCACUGCAUCAGCACUGAGUUCACGCCUCGGAAGAAAGGUGGAGAGAAAGGCGUUCCUUUCCGCCUCCAGAUUGACACCUUUAAGCCCAGUGACAAGGGGCUUCUGCCUGAGCACCUGCAUUCAGCUGGCUGCCUCAUUAAGGUGUUCAAGCCCAAAGGAGCUGACCGGAAGCUGAAAACUGACCGGGAGAAGAUCGAGAAGCAGCCCCUGCAUGAGAGAGACAAGUAUCAGACCGCCUGCGAGAGCACGGUCUUCUUGGAGUGUUCACCAUGGCCAGAGCCCACUGCAGGGCCCCACCCAGCUCUCAGCCCUCUGGCGCUGACCUCUCCCAACUCCUCCAAGCUCCUGUCCCCAGAGAGUUCAUGGGUCCACAGUAUUACCUGGACCACCCUCUUAAUGCCUCAGGAUCUGAACCCUGGAGCCUCCAUCUCAGAGACACAGCAGUGGUUGCAUCGGCACCGGUUCUCCAGCUACUGCCGGACGCUGGCCAACUUCACUGGCAUGGAUCUGCUGAAGCUUACUCGUCAGGACCUUAUCCAGAUCUGCGGGGCUGCCGACGGGAUCCGCCUUUUCAAUACUCUUAGAGCCAGGCCCAUCCGUCACCGGCUGACUUUAUAUGUGGCUCAGGAGGCCGCUAGACAAGAGAACAAGGUUCCUAAGAACCCCGACUCAGGUUUUUAUCAAGAGAUCUCUUUGGAUGAACUCAGUGCUGCAGAGCUGGUGGGGAAACUGGCUGAGCUCCUGGCCCUCCCAGCCAGUCAGAUCCAUCGUCUUUUUCACCAGGGCCCUGGGGGCAUCCUCAUUCUCCUCAGUGACCAGGUGGUCCAGAAUCUUAAGGAUGAAUCAUACUUUGUGGCCGUGGUGAAGAAAGCAACUCUGACCAAUCUGCUCAUGGGCUGGUUAUUUAGAUGCUUGCCUUCUACCCCUCUUGCCAUGCCAGAGCUAGUUAGCCUGGCAUAUGGUAAGUACGCAGGAAGGCUAGCAGGUGGACUUGAAGUGGGGUUGGAAGAACACUCAGCUGUGGUAGAUGCGUUGCAGGCUGCUUGA